ACAUUCUCGCCAUCGGAGCAAACGAUAAUAAUGAGUCUCUACGAAGACUAUAAAGAAAUAAUAAUGGCUAAGUCAAACACCGCCACUGCUGCCAGAGCAAGACAGGCAGCUUGGCAAAAAAUUGCCGAUAAGCUAAAUGCGUAAGUUUUGGGAAAAUGUAUAGGCUCAUCUUAAGUGCCUCAUUAACCCAAUCAGAUCACAUUUCUUUAAAUGUGCCUGCUGGCAGUAGGCUUAAUGGAAAUUAAUCAUUGAAUGAGAUCUUGCUAGCGAAAAUAAUGAUCUCAACUCUUACAGAAUAAGUAGGCCUAGAUAAAACCAAGGCCAAAGAGUAUCUAAUUGAUACGAAUUCAUAGACACUUAUGAUGAUGUAUGUACUGAAAGCGCUUAUUUAUCAUGUACUAUAUAUGUGCAUAUGCAUGUAUGUGUAGAUGACCAUAUAGAAGUAUGAGUUUGAAUAUGCAUGUGCAAAUCUGUGUAUGGGCGGAUCACAGUAUGUAUGUAGGCUAUGUAUUAUUCAAUCAAUUGAAGCAGUGAAAAGAAACUGUGUUAGAUUCUCUCUGUAUCAUGAGUCCACUUUAAUCAUUUCCAACAAUAAUGAUAUGGUAUGGUGUACUAAUAACACUGUCAUAUAAUUAUGAGUGCUUUCAACCCCCAUGUAGUUGCAACCCGGCAACUAAAAGAACUUGGGAGCAAGUUAAAGUGAAGCACAAAAACAUCAUUCAGGCUGCAAACAAGAAAAAGGCGGAUAUGCUGAAGAUGGGGGGAGGACCCCGAGGUCCUGAGCUAACCCCUGCUGAGGAGCUUGCCCUGGCCAACAACAGGGGUAGGCCAAUCAUGCAGGGCAUAGCUGGGGGCAGCUCCUCUGGAGAGGUGGUGGCAGGAGAGAAUCCGUAUGUCCAAGUGGCCGGAGGUUCGAUCACACUCCUGCAGCCACCUCCCAAUGUGUUGUUGGUCAGGGGAGAGGAGCCCACUGAUGAGGUCGGUCUAGACGAUGAGGACACACUUUCCGCCUUCUCCAGCGAUUUGGCAAAUCCUGCUGGACCACGGCCUGCUCCGCCGGAGCCUGGCCCCUCUCGCUCUUUGGGAACUGGGGAUGGGGAGACUGACACUGAAGAUGUGUGCACGCUAUAUAAGCGCUACUUGCGUGCCAAGAUUCACAACCUCCACUUAACCUCAAUGAAGCUGGAUUUGGAGGUUAAAUUGCUUAAACGGCAGCUGAAUGUAAGUCUAACCCUGUAAAGCAAAGCUUUGGCUAAAGUAUUUGUGAGCUUUGCCAUGAAUUGUAACUAAACUGAAAAUCUUAUUUCUUGUGCACCUUCAUUUACAGGAUAACCAAUA